AUGACAUCGCCGGUUUCCCGCGGCCGCACCGAGGGGUCCGUGCCGGAGCCCCCGAGUCAACGCUACCAUUCCCUAGAACACCUACCGACCGAACUACUGCGGCCCAUCGCCGAGGCCUUGGUCCCCGCGCAACCCCUGACUACGCGUUUUGCGCUUCGCGACUCUGGCACGUGGGAGUUUCGGGAUGCUGGUCACCAGUGGGCUGACUGGCUCGCUUGCCACGACAACCUCUUGUCGUUCGCGCGGACAUCACGGCGUCUCGCCGCCAUCGCCAAGCCGCUGCUGUACCAUACCCUCGUCAUCCCCACACCACGCGCAUUGGUCACGCUCCAAUGCCGCAUGGAAACCAACGUGGCAAUCAGGCCAUGGAUCCGCAGUAUUGCUUGUCUCGUAGACGUGGUCGCCGCCGGGACCAUCGAAGAGGUGCAUCGCGAGUGGGAAAGACAAGUUGGAGUCAGCUGGGACAGUCAACAUGGCGGGGCUUACCACGGCACCAUCGCCUUGGAGCUCCUCAAGACCAUAGUUCUGGGUGCGCCCAACCUGCGGGACUACCUGAUGGCCUGUCCGGACUCGCAGUUCGGCCUGGACCAUCCCGAUUUACCAGCACCAGCCAUCCGCGACGCCAUCAUCCGCUACCGGGCCGAAGGCUACUCACCCAUCGCGGAGAGGUUGUUUGAAUUCAUCCCCUUUCGCCGCAUGCGGAACCUCGCAUCGCUACGCAUUUACUGCCAGAGGGAGGACGGCGACCGCCAGCUGACCUUCUCCCGCUUGAUAGCCGACCAUGCCGUCGAGACUCUCCCGCUGCUACCGAACAUCAAGACGCUCGAACUGUGCUGCGCGUCGGCCGACAGCAUCGUCGAGCCCGACGCCGUACUUCCGCCGCUGCCGCACGUCGAGCAUCUCCGUCUCUACGGCAGCCAUAUCCACGAACCAAGGCUGGUCGCGCUGUGUCUCGCUUGUGUCAACCUGCAGACCCUGGCCGUGCACUUUGAAGCGACUUCGUCGGACGAAGACCGCGAUCUGUUGCCGGACGGUACAACGCUGAGCGACGCGCUUCUUCGCUUGGCGGGCUCAUUACGGACCCUUGAACUAGUUUCCCUAUCCGAAGGGCACUAUCUGACUCGUGGCAUGGAACGCCCCAGGAAACCCGAGAACCACCGGCUACGGUGCAUCCCCGAGCUUACGCGUCUCGAAACCGUCAUGCUCGAUUACCGAGGCGUCUUUGGGACGUUGGGUAUCCUAGACGAGGAUGACGGGGAGCGGCUAUGCCAGCUGCUGCCCCGCUCGGUCCGCGAUUUCACUCUUGUUUGCGAAUGGGGUACCGCCAGGGACUGGAAACAAACAUACCUCGCUAACUUGGACAUGAUCCUCCACGGCGUCGAGUGUCUGUGCGCGAGCAAGGCUCACCAGCUGUCCAGCAUCUCUCUUGCCAUACAUUCGUGGCCAGCGGAAAGUAGGUUCCAUAAGCGCUUUAGUCGAGAGGUCGAAACAGCCCGGCAACGCUGUGCGAAGGCGGGGAUAUUGUUUAGGACCUUUGAUCUUCUUCCAUCAUACCAAGAUGAAGAUGAGGUCCCGGCCAACGAGGAUGACGAGGAUUUCGAAGUGGAAGAAGAGUACGAGGAGGCAGACGAUGGAGAGAUCGAACAGCUCGCGCCAGAGGAAGAUCUCGAGCUGGAGGAGGAGGACGAGGCAUCUGAAUAUUACUUCUCGGCCGACGAAGAAUCGGAUCCAGAAAGGGAAGCACGCCGGCCACCGACGUUCAGCGAUUUCUUACAGCGGCUAGGCGAAGACCACGGGCAUGGCCUAGAUGAGUUGUUCUACGCCUAUCAUGAGGACCGAUGGGACGAGUACCUGUUCUGA